AAACAACUCUUAUGAAAUGUGGACAUAAAUGUGGCCAGACGUGCACGCAACAUCCACGUAAAUCGUAUUAAACUAGCUAGCUAGCUGCAACACUAGAUGUUCACAUAUUUUUGCUAACCUGACUGCCCUGUUUACACAGAAGUAAACAAGUAAGUUAGCUAAGCUAGCAUCUUUCGCGGAGUUAUGCUAAGCUAGCUAGCUAGGUGCGCUUCAGAUAUAUGUUAGAAUAACGGCAUUAAAGAGCCAAGAUUUAUUCCGAGGUUUCUCUUGAAUUGUGUAAAGCUACACCACGACAGCUAUUUUUGUUUACUUACCAUUAGCUAGCUAGAUAUGUGGCUACUUCCCAAACACAUUAGCUAGGAUGGCUGACUAAAGGGAUGAAGGAUUGCGAAAUAACGUUGCCGGAUUGAAUCUUAACCGGUUUGAACGGAGGUAGAAGAUGCCGGUGGACAGACAACGCAUGAGACCAUGGCUGGAGGAGCAGAUAAACAGCGGCAAAAUCAAAGGGCUUCACUGGGUUGAUGAGAAGGACAAGAUAUUCCAAAUCCCGUGGAUGCAUGCAGCCAGACAUGGCUGGGACCUGGAUAAAGACGCACCUCUCUUCAUGAACUGGGCCAUUCAUACAGGAAAGUACCAUCCCGGAGUAGACAAGCCCGAUCCGAAGACAUGGAAGGCAAACUUCCGCUGUGCUAUGAACUCCUUGCCGGACAUAGAGGAAGUAAAAGAUAAAAGCAUGAAGAGAGGAUGCAAUGCCUUCCGAAUGUACCGCAUGCUUUCCCCUUCAGAAAAAGCUGCCAAGAAAGGGAAAAAAAAGAUGGAGCGGGAGCCAAAAACCAAAAGACGAAAAGGUAAAAACACAGAGCCACCAGUGAAGGAUUCUGUUCCAGCACACUCGAAGGAAGACACACUUCCGGAUAGCACUGUUUUAUUGACAGCAGAGCAUGAUGUGUCCAAGGAGCUGCGUAGUCCCAGCCCGUCACACAGGGUGUUGGGGAACGACCCGCCGGAUGUGUGUGCUGUCGUGGAGAUCACCACUGAAAACGAGGAGUCCAGGGUCAGCUCUACUCAGCUGCCUGUCCCUCUCCAGAUCUCCCCUGAUUCAUCCUGUGGUGAGAUUGGCAACGAGAGCACAUGCAGUGAUGAGGAUGACAGAGAGCUUCAUCCACAGGAUUUGUCCAUCCACACAUCUAGAAGGACAUGUUCGUCUGUGCUGAGGAUAGCCCCCAGCCCAUCCGACAGGACUUUCGUCUCCUCUGGAAAGACGAACUUUUGGGUGACCAGCUGCCAGGAGGAGUCGCCCCUCGUGACCUACGACAUGCCUCCCUGGCAGCCAUUCCUCAGCUCUUUCCCCUUUGAUCUCUCCGCUAGCUCCACAGCCCGCGCAAGUGUGAUAACAAAAGCCAUGGACCUGUCGUCCGCCAUGGAAGAGAGGCAGUAGGAGCAACCGCUGCUAACCGGCCGUCUGUCCACACCUGCUACCCCAACACACACACACACACACACACACACACCAGCUUGGAGGUGUUUGUUUUUGUUUAUUUAUUUUUUUGUGUGUGCAGUAUACAGACAGAACAUAUUGGCCCUGGUCCCAGUGCCCAUAUGCAGCCAAACUUUAACUAGAUGAAUGUGGGAGACUUGUUCAACACUAAUGAAGAAGAAGAAGAAAAAAAACAACAAGGAGGAAAAAAAGAAUUUUCUAACCGGAGAUGCACAAGUAAUCAGGAGUAAUUAAGCUAAAAACAAAGAUACCUCAUUUUACUGGAUUAUUACAUGAAUUCUUAAAAUUCGUAUAAUUACCUCAAAGAGUGAUUUUGCAUUGUACUUCAGUUUAGCAUUACCACAUGUACAGUGUGGUCAGUCCAGACUGCCUAUUUCCACUGGUGUGGGCCAGUGGACCUUUAUUCCCUCUGAUCAUUUAACACAAGUUGUUACAUGUUUUGGUGGGAGCGCUCUCGUAACACUUAAUCACAGUUUUAGGUGCUGUAGCAGAGCAGUCCUACGUGACAACUGCUUGUAUACCCCCCACUUCAAGCCUGCCCUUUUAAAAAGAAAACAAAAUGCAACCUUCUCGCUUUGGUAACAGGGUUACAGUCCCAUUAACACAAUUCGAGGUUAAUUUGAUGUUGAUCAAGAUGUCAAUGGCAAGUGUAAUCAAAGCUGCUCUAGUCUCAUGCUGAGGUCUUGUGAAGAAUACACUAAUAUAAACCAGUUACACAAUAGAUUUUGGACACUCAUCCAGUUUUGGCUUAAUGAUGGAUGCGAGUCACUUUCAAACAUGGACCAUCAACUCUCAAAUUCUCAAAGAUCCAAGCCCAAUAAAUGAGUCAGUCGACUCCUGAUAUAUGAUUGCAUUAAUAUAUGAUUGGAGUAAUUUCUCCUCAUGUUGGGCUGUUAUAAAAAUGAUACAGGAAAGGCUUGUUUUUUUACUUUUUGUCUUAGUCAAACUUUGGACACACGGUUGAUUUGGUACUUUUUACACCAGUUUGGUAUUAUUUACUGGGCCAGUUGGAUAACUGCUUGUGAUGGUCAGUGCGUUGGCAUGUUUCCGUUUCCACAUAAGCGAGCUCAGGCUGCGUUAGCUGCACGCUAACUAUCCUUGCCUACCUGGACAUACCAGGUCACUUUAAAACCAGGUGUAACUCCAAUUAAAUACAAAUACAGGACCGAGAAAUCAACGAAGAAACCAUGAGAAAGACUUGAAGCUGCAGUUGCACAGAUCUGUUCACGUGGUUUGCUGUUGGCAUUGUGUUCCUGAGACAGGAGUUAUUCAUAUUCAGAUCAAGCGACCAGUGGCUUUUAAGCUGUUAGAAUUACAAUAUCAUAAAAACUCUCAUUUAUUUGAUAUAUAAAUUAUACAUUUUAAGGAAAAGGAGGAGUCACAUUUUAAAAAUGAAUGGAAAUCUGACAUGGGCCUCUGGGGAACUUAUUCAUCAAUACUGUAUUUUAAAUGAUUGGUUUGUUUUGUUUUUUGUAGACCAACACAGACUUUAACUUCUGUUUGCUUUAGUUAGUACAGACAACCCGGAGUCAUGGAGUAGCGGCAUAUGAAACAUUUAACUAAUGUCCAAAAAUACAGACCCGCAGCACCGCACAGGUUAAUGUAGACGGUCCAGCCCCGGUCUUGGGGGAAUACCACCCAGCGUCCACACUGGCGUCUCAGGUAGUCAGCAUUCUAGCACUGGCUCAGGUGUGUUUACAGCGAACUGGCUCUGCUACUAGUGUGUGGAUAUGCGGAGCCUGAAACACUAGAUCAGACAGAGGUGCAGAUAGGGCAGCUUUGUUCGUUUUGUGCAUUAAGGGAGUAGGCGUGGGUUCACAUACAAAACCAGCAAGGCGGCUCUGUUCACCUAGUUUUAACGCGCGCUCGUAAAGCACGGCUCUGAUGCAGCCUGUAUCAGGUUUGCUACACCAGAUGGAAUAAGUGUGUCUGGCUGGGCUGACACGGAACUGAUAGUUUAUAUACCUAAAUCCUCGUGGUGUUAUUUAGCCAACACUCAUGUUUUUGACACAAAUGUACAACUAUUGACUGUUUUAUAGAUGAAUAAACUAAUUGACAUGA